AUGCGGGCGAUUUUGUUUGUGUUUUUCAGUGUUGGAGUCCAAUUUGGAAGGAACCUGACUAUGGAAUUUGAACGGAGGAGGAACGGUCGAAAUCAAAAUUCUCUUCCCAUAUUCUUGGACAAGCUCGUGCCUCCAUGGGCAGCAAUCCUAUUAUCAGUCACACUCAUCCUCAUGUUUGGGGAGAUAUUGCCUCAAGCAAUCUGUACUCGGUAUGGAUUAACUGUUGGAGCAACCGUAGCACCCUUUGUCCAGCUUCUUCUUUGGGCAUUUUUCCCUAUUGCUUAUCCAAUUAGUAAGGUUCUGGAUUGGAUGCUGGGUAAGGGGCAUGCUGCCCUUCUGCGUAGAGCUGAGCUGAAAACGUUUGUGGAUUUUCAUGGUAAUGAGGCUGGGAAGGGUGGGGAUUUAACGCAUUAUGAGACAACAAUAAUUGCUGGAGCUCUGGAAAUGACUGAGAAGACUGCUAAAGAUGCCAGGACCCCUAUAUUGAAGGCAUUUUCCAUCGAUCUAGAUGGAACCCUUAAUUUGGAAACACUGAAUGCUAUAAUGACAAUGGGCCAUACAAAUUUAACCUUGUUCAUCUAUGCAAAGGCUUCAUGGGUUCCAAUGUUGCUCUAG